CUGGGGACGGCGCGAGAACGCCGCAAACGGGACAACAGCGCGCGAGCGGUGAUUUUCCAAGCGCACUGUCAGCGGUGCUCUGUCCCGGUCACUCGGCAAUCAGCUGCUUUUCCCUCUUCGAAAUGACAACAGUGGGGUGCUUGUCCAACCACAGAGCUAUCGGUAGCGGCAAAACAACCUUGUCAAGGAACAACAUUUUGCUUUAGCUCCGGGAUUGCAAGAAACUAGAACUUUUAACUUUGUUGUAGUAGCCGAACUCUAAGGAAUAUUAGCGUAGCCUACUUGGGCAUGGCGAUGUGUCUGCUUAAACGCUUGCGUCGCCCGGGGCGCUAGCGCAGCAGGUGUUUAUAGGGUUUAGACUGCCAUGCAAUCAGCAGUUCUUUUUAAAUUAUAUAACAUUCACGAGGAAGGAAAUACUUUUUCCUGACAAUUGUAGAAAGAAACCUUUCUUAGUGAACAGUUUGGCGAAGCAGUGGUGGACCUGGGAACGAGUUGAUUAAAAAGUUAUGGAAAAUGAUUAUCCUGAUUCGCCGGAUGGAUAUAGCAACGACGCACAAAUCAAAUCUGAGAACCCACACAAGAAGACUCAUUUGACUCAGAUUGAGGUGAUCCCCUGUAAGAUCUGCGGAGAUAAAUCCUCAGGGGUUCACUAUGGAGUCAUCACGUGUGAGGGGUGUAAGGGCUUUUUCCGGCGCAGCCAGCAGUCCAGCGUGUCGUACUCGUGCUCACGGCAGAGCAACUGCCCCAUCGACCGCGCCAGCCGCACCCGCUGCCAGAGCUGUCGCCUCAAGAAAUGCGUGGCUCAGGGCAUGAGCCGAGAUGCUGUGAAGUUCGGCCGAAUGUCCAAGCGGCAGCGGGACUCUCUGAUCGCCGAGGUGGAGCGGCACAGGCAGCAGCAGCAGCAGCAGCAGCAGCAACAGCAGCAUCAGCAGCAGCGGUUCCAGGUGUGCGCGGCCAGCGUCCAGGCCCUGGGCUCCGCCUACUCGGGCAAAGAUCCCUGCGGCGGCUCCGCUAGCCUGCUCCAGACCCUGCCCUACCCCUUCCCUAUGGACCCGGAGCUGCAGCGCUGUGGCCCGGAGGUGCACCCGUUCCUGUUGUGUCCCCCGGGCAGUGCCCAGCGGAGAGUGCUGGGAGACAGCAGGGGUGAGCCUUGCAGGACACAGAGACUCUACUCCUACAUUAAUUACGGACUACAGGGUCCACAUACUGACGAUGAAUUCUUUAUACUUAAUGUUGAUUCUAGGCAGUCCUCUCCCAACCAGGGAAUUCUGCGAAUGCCUGGGACUGACUCGGACUUGCAUCCGUUUGAUCCAGAGGACCCCUACUGCCACUAUUCUACCUCACUGCUGCACAUACACAUAGAGGAGUUGUGUGACAGCAUCGUGCGUUCUCACCGAGAGACCUCUCAGUACCCUGUGGAGGAGCUGCAGGCUCUGCGGUGGAAGAUCUUCACCAGAGAGGAGGUCCAGAUAUACCACAGCAAGACGGUGGAUGAGAUGUGGCAACUGUGUGCUGAUAAGCUGAGUGACGCUGUGCAGUUUGUAGUCGAGUUUGCCAAAAGGUUGCCAGGGUUUCGCCAGAUUCGUCAGGACGACCAGAUCAAUCUGCUUAAGAGUGGCUCAAUGGAGGUAGUUCUCGUCAGGAUGAGCAGGCUGUUCAACACGGAGAACAGCACUGUUUAUUUUGAUGGAAAAUUCGCUGGGACUGAAGUUUUCAAACCUCUCAUGUGCGGAGACCUGAUAAGCGCUGUGUUCGACUUCGCUCAUAGCAUGUGUGAACUGAGGCUGACUGAACAGCAGGUGGCGAUCUUCAGCGCGCUGGUGCUCAUUAACCCUGACCGCCCUGGUCUUGAGGACAGAGGCCGAGUGCAGAGGAUGAGGAAGGACAUUGAGCUGGCACUGCGUCACAUCCUCCACAGAGACAACCAGGAGAGUCUGCUGCACAGGCUGUCCCAGAAGGUGGCGAUGCUGAAGGCCCUGUGCUCGCUGCACAUUGAGAAGCUGCGCUGGUUCCAGCAGCUCUACCCGCUGACCGUCCACUCCAGCUUCCCACCCCUAUACAAAGAGCUCUUCGGAUCUGACUCGGAAAGACCGGGUGUUUCCCCUCCCUGAAACCACAACUCAUAUGCAAUACUCAUUUACACACACACACACACACACACACACACACACACACACACACACACACACACACACACACACACACACACACACACACACACACACACACACACACGCACGCACGCACGCACACACACACACACACACACACACACACACAGUCACACACUGUACUUGCUCACACAUACACUUUUCACAUGCACUCACAUAAACAUACACUCAAGUACAUGCAUCGUUCUAAUCUAUGGAUCACUUCCUAAAUAUUGAAAUUUAUAUUUUUCUAAUUGUGAUAACAAACGAGACAAUGUUCAGUAGAUUGUCAUAUUGUCAUGUCAGAUUUGGAAGCUAUUUUUGUGCAGAGACUAUUUUGUAGAAAACAAAGCAAGCCAGAAUACAGGAGUACAGAACUCAGUAUGACUCAGUAUUUUCAUAGCCUGGCUAGUGUUUCUCAAGAUGAAUAAAUGUGUUAUUUUUUUGUCAUUAUCUUUGUUCUCUGUGUGCUGGGAUAUGCAGUAUGUGUGUCUCCUUGUGAAUUAGAAUUAUCCACUGUGCUUGUGUCUUGGUGCUAAGAAGCUCUGCUGAUUGAAUGCAGGCCGUGCUCUACGCUGUAGGCUAUGUGCUGAAUUGUAGCAAAUCAGAUGCAAUUUAUUGGGAUAUGUUGGCUUCACUGUGUCCAAUAUGGAAAAAAACUAUGACUUUGAAGAAACAAUUGAGGAGGGGUUUAUAAUAAAGUUUAAACAACCAAGAAGAGAGAGGGAGAUACAGGGUCCUAAUUUAAAUGAUAGGUAAAAGUGUAACCGUCUGUCAUCAAGCAACAUUCUCAUGCAUGGACUAUUUACAGUCCUUACCAUGGUUAGCAAAUUAUUGAUGUGGCCUGAUUAAAAUAGUUUUAGUUAGACUUUCACUUUGCCCAUUAUUCAAACUAAGGCCCAUAGAAAUUUUAAUGUGAUUCAGUUAAUUACUCAGUUAAUUAGCUUAUCAUGUAAAAGAUAUGCAAGCUGUAUGUGAGGUAAAAUACAUUCUAAGUUGUAAAGUGCAGCUCGAGUGGUACAUAGGAAGCUUGUUCAAAGCAGUUUAUCAGUGCCGUGAUGUGUCUUAGCCGAACAGACUGUCUUAUGGCAUAUUGUAAUCUCCGGCAGUCCUAAGCUAUUUCAGUGAUUGUGAAGAAUUGUGACUAUAUCAGGACUGAGCAAUGUCGAAUGCAGCCAUUUAGCCGCUAACUCAUUUUUUUGUCUUUAAAAUCUUAAUAUUUUAUUUUUCUUUCUGUCCAACCAACCCCCUUUUUUGGUUCUAGUGUGAUUAGAUUAUUUUUGGGGGCAGUGGGGAGUAUCAAGAGGCCAGUACUUCAGUGUUUCUUCACACUGUCAUUACUGUCAACGUUCACUUGUGUGUCUCUCAGAGUGUCCUCCAUUGCUGGCCCCUGGUGUCUGUGUGGUUCUAGCCCUUUACAUACCUGCCACUAACAUAACUUCCUGUGGAUACAAUGGAUGAGAGAAUCAAUAAACUGUUUCAAUGAUA